AUGAAGGAACCGUUUGAAAUUAUGCCAGACCAGGAACACUAUAGCCUUCGGUGGAAUAACCACCAAAAUCAUAUACUGCGUGCAUUUGACACGCUGCUGCAGACCAAGACGCUAGUCGAUGUGACGCUGGUGAGUGCAGAAACCAGCAUACGGGCGCACAAAGUGGUCCUGUCCGCCUGCUCCCCUUUCUUUCAGCGGGUAUUCUCCGAAACACCUUGCAAACAUCCAGUGAUUGUGCUAAAGGACUUUCGUGGAUGGGUCGUUCAGGCGAUCGUGGACUUUAUGUACCGUGGAGAGAUCAGUGUCCCGCAGGAGCGACUAUCGGUGUUGAUACAGGCAGGGGAAUCGCUACAGGUACGUGGACUGGUCGAUCAUCCAGUAGCAGCCAACACACCGUCGCCAGCCCAAUCGCCAGAAGACUUUAGCUUGCUGGAUAGUUCACUCAUCUCACCAACGUCCCCUUCGCCACCCUCGCCGAACUUUCGUUCCAACCAUCAGCAUUCCAACGUUGGUCAGCGUCACGAAAACAGUGCGCACCCGGCGACAGCAAAUCUCCUGCCCACGAGCACUCCGAAGUUGCUUAUGCCUCCACAGGUGUUUGCGGACCCAUCAAUUGGUCUCUCGAACGUCGAUCCGUGUACCUCACCAAUGCCUCGUCGCAAGCAGGCCCGGCCGCGGCGGCGCUCAGGGGAUUGCGCACCACAGGACCUGAGCAGCAAGCCUUCGACACCGGCACCGCAGUCCGUCCAUGACGACGAGGAAGACGACGGUGACGAUGAGAAGGAUGAAGACGUAGAUCGGGGGCUGCACGAUGAUGGCGCGGAUGAAGAUGACAUCGAAGAACUGGACGACGAAGACGACGACUUAAAGCGCAUUUUGCACCGAAGUCAAUCUGUGGACGAAAAACUGGCAACGAUGGCAUCGAAAGAAGAUCUGACCGAGACCGCCUCCGAUACUGUUAAAAAGAUGGCGGGUAGUGACUCGAGGCGUUCACGGUCGUUACACAAAUCUACUCCUCGUAAAGCUUCUUCUUGCCAGGACGUUGCAGCGCUGCCAAAGGAGGAUCAUCUCCAGCAACCAGCAACUUUUUCGCCCUCAUUAAUACCGGCAUCCGAUGGACCGGAAAAUUUGUGCAUGAAAAAAAUCUCACUUAGCAGCACGGACACAAAUGUCAACGCGAUGCGCUGUCCUGAAGAUCGAAGUGAACAACAAACGAGGUUAUCGUCGGUCGAAGGUGCAGGAAUCACCAAUUUAAGUAACACUCCAGGUGGGAACCGUAGAAUGAGCCGCGAUGGUGCUCGUUCUUCCGAUCCUAGCAAAGAUUCCACACUUGCCGAUACAAACAGUGGCGGGCCCAACCUCUCCACCCGAGGGCUGCUCUCGCUAAAGGAUAUUCGACAUCUAAACCGUGCUGCACUGAACCGAUCACUAGGUUCAUUCUCUCCACCGCCAUCCUUUUCCGCCUUCAACAGUAAUCUACACUCAGCGAUGGGUUUCAUUCACCAACACCACCACAACGAUUCGAAGCGCGUGAAGCUAGAGGAUCGUGACGAUGAGCGUCCGCUUCUGCACGAUGAUAUGGAACCGCCGCACUUUUUAGAUCACAUGGAUCUGGCACUUGGCACGCACCAGCAUCCGCUUGCGCACCAUUUGAUGCAGCAACACCACCACCACCUGCAAAAUUCUUCGCUGCAGCUACGUCCACCCACGGCCGAUGGGGCCAACGAUAACAACAACAGUGGCCACAAGCACAAUAAUAACAGUCACCAUCAUGGCAGUACGCCCUCGAACCAUCAUCACCAAGGAAGUAACCCCAGCAGUAAGCAGCAUCAUCACUCAGCCGGAGGUCCGGGAACUCCGAAGCACUCGUCCAGUGGAAGCGGUGCAGCCGGAGGCACGGGUAACAACACCUCCAGCAGUAGUAACAACAAUAACCACCACAAUCCAAAUCACCCGCACCAUCACCCGCAACAUGUUGGCGGUCCGAAAGGAUCCGCUAGCGGCAGUGGGCCGAAGGAUUUUCUGCACAGCCCGACGCUAAAUUUCCCGCCCUUUUUUAACCACUCGGAAGGACCUCCUAGGCCUCCGCAUUCACCACUGCCCUUCCCGCACAUGUCGUCGGUCUCCUCGCUGACCCUCACGCCACCACACAUGUUUGGAUUGGAUUCUCCCCUUGGACUGUUUCCUCCAGGAAUGGAUCCGGGAAAAAUCUACAGUCCACUUAUGGAAAUGUCUGAUCCCCGAAGCAUGCAUCACGACGGGCCACCAUUCCUGAAGAAAAAAAGUAAACUGAACCGACCAAAGGGGCAGCAUUCGGCACCACGAGGCGGUCCUCCUAGAUCUUGGACCAACGCAGAGCUAACUGAAGCUUUACAGCACGUAUGGAACAAGAAGAUGACCACCAGUCAAGCAUCGCGGAUCUUCGGCAUUCCCUACAACUCGCUUCUUAUGUACGUGCGAGGCAAGUAUGGGAAAAGCUUAAAACUGGAGCAACUUAGGAAAGAUUGCAUCAGUGGACCACCAAUCGAACUACUGCAGAUGGGAGUCGGAAAUAACAACAACAAGGAUAAGAAAGAAGCAAAGGACAAUGAACUGCAUCAUCUCCACUCAGCAAGUGGAACCGGUCAGGAAGGAAACAGUGCCCAGAACUGCGGAAACGGAGGAGGUGGCGGUAGUGGCGGUCAUAGUUCCAGCGAUCUACGAGGACCUAGAUCAGCAUCGUCGGAGCCGGAACUUCUAUCAAGUCCUAAUCCGUUGUUUAAUCCAUUUCCCGGAGGCUUCUAUCCAGAUUUUCCGGGAGGGUUCCCGGGACUUCCUCUGAGUAUGCUUAAUCUCCUGCCUCCAGAACGGCAUCAGCCACACUCACUAACAAUGGGCAUCGAAGAAGACUGUAAAAGUGAUCGUUCGAAGCAGUCAAUGGAUGAAGAUUUUCCACAACCACUAGCUCUCAACCGACCCUCGUCGGACCAGCUAACGGACAGUCGUAGAGAGAUAUACCAGCAGAAUGGGCAGGACUAA